AUGCUUCGACGAUUAACGACAUCGACAAAAGAGUCCUUCAGAUUACUCCCCGAGUAUAAAUUCAAAUGCGGGGUGGAAAUCCAUACUCAGUUGAAAACAAAGUACAAGCUUUUUUCUUUAUCUCAAACGGGGUUCAACGACAAUAGUAAUACAAAGGUUAGCUACUUUGAUCUCGGACUACCAGGAACUCAACCCAAGUUGAACCCCGAGGCUUUAUACUUAGCUCUCAAGGCCUGUGUGGCGUUGAAUAUGAAAAUACAGCCAUUUUCCAAAUUCGAUAGGAAGCAUUAUUUUUAUCCUGAUCAGCCAUUGGGAUAUCAAAUUACCCAGCAUUUUCAACCGUUGGGGAAGGACGGGGUCUUGGAGUUGAGCGAGUUUGAUAAUGCUUCCGGGAAGAUUGCAAUUGAAACAGUGCAGUUAGAACAGGAUACAGGGAAAAAGUUUGGAGAUGUUAUAGAUUAUAAUAGAGCAGGGACUCCAUUAAUUGAAGUUGUUACAAAGCCAGACUUUCAAGAUAUAAAUCAGGUAUAUGCUUUUAUAAAAAAGUAUCAGUUGUUAGUGCGCCAUUUGGGCAUCUGCAGUGGAGACUUGGAAACGGGUGCAAUAAGGGUAGACGUCAAUCUCAGUGUCAACGAUAAUCCAAGGGUUGAGCUAAAGAAUUUAGGUACAACAGGGGACAUAGUGAAUGCCUUGAAAUACGAAUACACAGAACAAGUAGAGAGCCUCCGUUCUGGUAAAGAGAUUGCGCAAGAAACCAAGUCUUGGGAUGGUUAUACGACAAAGUCAUCACGAAGCAAGGAGAAUGCCAUAGAUUACAGGUAUGUUCCCGACUCAGAACUACCCGCUAUAAAUUUGAACCCUGAUAUUGGCGAUGAAAUCAAGGCUGCCAUUCCAGAGUACCCCGAUCAACUUUUGUCUCGGCUAACAUCCAAACCUUACAAUUUACAAUUAGCGCAUGCUAAAAAUUUACUUGUGGAGCCAGAACAUUUGCAUUACUAUGAGACUUUUUUCGACAAGUUCAACCAUCCAGAUGCAAACAAGUGGAUGUUUCAGGAAUUAAUCACAGCAUUUGCCAAGCUUGAUAAAGAAUUUGACGUCAAUGUGAUCAGUCCGGACGUGUUGGUCGAGGUUGCCAGGUCAGACUACUCCUUGGUAUCAAAAAGACUAAUCUUGAGACAUCUAGUUGAGAACCAAGUCUCUUUAGAAAAAGCAAUUGCCGAUUUGAAUCUAGCUUCAGACUCGCAGGCUAUUGAUAUUAAUGAGCUAUGCCGGGAAAUUAUUAAAUUGAAUCCUGACGUGGUAAAGAGGAUCCAGGAUGGCCACAACAAUGCAAUACAGGUGCUUGUUGGUAAAGCCAUGAAGGUCACUAGAGGGAAGGUACACGCCAAAGAAAUUAAAAACGCAUUUGAUAGUCUCCUAUAG